AUGCAGCUGAAAAAGCAAAUAGCAUAUGGAAUCAUGUUCAUCUGUAUCCUGGCAUUAUGGACGGACUCUGCCCAGGCAGGAUCCAGCUUCCUCAGCCCAUCUCAGAAACCACAGGGGAAAAGUGAGAAGAAACCAGUGCGUGUGGGGAAACGCUUCUCCGAGGGGCUACCUCCUCCGUUUGAGGCUCUGGAAGGAGAGAACAAGCAUGUUUUGUUCACCUUUCCUUUUGAGAUGGGCAUCACCAUGAAUGAAGAAGAGUUUCAAGAAUACGGAAAUGUACUGCAAAGAAUUGUACAGGAUGUGCUGACAGAUGGCCCAUAA